CCACCUUCCCACCCCCAUCACUUUACUCUCCUGUCCACUCCAGCCACGACCAAAUCCGGUUUAACCAAUCUGUCCCCGCUCCGGGAGCUAAGUAGGUUAAGUAGAUAGGGAGGAUUUCUCCAUCCGCGCGAUUGAGAGAUCUCUGGUUGUUGUUGGUCCAGGCCUUGGCAGUCGGCUUCCCUUGCGACUCAUGCCCGCGACAGCGCUUUUCCCCACCCCGCGCUUGGUCUAGAUUCGUUUGCCAUGCAGAACUCUCCGCUGGAUGGUAGGAAUCUGCCGUCGUGGGGAGCGCCGAAUCGUCCUACGUCUGGUGUAUCGGGAUCUCAUCCGACUCCGGGGACCCAGAGUGGCUCGACCUAUCAAAGUCGGAGGCGCAAUCAGCUGGCGUGUGAGUCGUGCUACAAGAAGAAGAUCAAAUGUGAGGUCGACGGCUCCAAUGCAGCUUGUGUCCAAUGCAUGCGCCGCAAUAUCAGGUGCAAGUUCACCUCCAGGCGCGAGAAGCGCGGGGAUCUCAAAAGAACCCACUACGUGAAAGCGCUUGAAGAGCGACUCCGGAAGACAGAGGACUUGCUCAGAACGGCGGGCCUUCUGGGUGAGGACACCCUCAACGAGGAGAAUGCCAGCUCGAGCGAGGAUGAACAGCUCGAGGAGGGAAGCGACGUCGACCAUGAACACGACGAUUCGUCUAAUCCCAACUUAGAUCCAAGUAAACGUAGUUCUGACAGGGACUCCGAUCGUGGCCAGAGGGGCCUUCUUUCAGCAGACCGAGAUCCGCCUUCCGAUACGGCCGCCGGCAAGGAUGGCUCUGAAAGUACGACCGACGCAACCGGCCGCCAACGGUUUGGUCAGAACCCUCUCCAACAAGUCCCGGUUUUCAAAUGGGAUGCUAGAGAGGAGCACCGAUACUAUGGGAGGUCUUCGUCCUUGUCAAUCCUCUCCAGGGACGGGAUCGAGUGGAUCAAGAACAAAACCGGCGAAGUGAAUUUUCUCCGCCUGUUGGUGUCGGACUCAAGUCAUGAUUGCCCGUGGGACUAUUGGCGGCCCGACGUGUUCCACGACGUGUUCUCCUCCCAGGUCUUCAAGCCUUUACCCCCGAGGGCGGAGGUGUUCUCUCUCCUACGAGAUUACUUUCGGACUCUAAACCGUUUGUUCCCGCUGUAUCACGAGGCGACCUUCAUGAAAUUGGUCGAGUGGCAGUACACGCAACAGACGUGCGACGAUGCCGCUCGCUGGGCCAGUAUCAACAUCAUCAUCUCCUUGGCAUACGAAUACCGCUACUCGAACACGCAGAAGUCUGAAAAGGAGCGAGAGAAAGCAUGGCUCUACUACAAGAAUGCCAUGUCCGUCUUUGCAGAACUGACCCUCCGCCGGACCGAUCUGUUGAGCGUGCAGGCCCUUUUGGGCAUGGCGCUGUUUCUCCGCGGCAACUCGGGGACUCAGUCCGCCUUGCCUAUCAUCACCGCCGCCAUCCGCUCGUCCCACCGAUUGGGGCUUCAUCGCAAUAUCCCGAGGCCUCAUCUGCCUCUGGCUGAGCAGGAGCAGCGGAAGAGGGUGUUUUGGAUUGCCUACAUCCUGGACCAGAGCACGUGUAUCAGGUCAGGAAAUGCACCGACUCAACACUACGAGGACCUUGACGUUGAGUUUCCGGUGGAGGAAGAAAGUGAGUUCGUUUUGACCAACAACACGUCCUUCUUCCAGCAACUCUGCAGCAUGACCGUGAUCAAGAGCCGAAUCUACAACAGCUUAUAUGCUACCACGGCCUUGGAAAAAAAGUCCGCUUUGGAAAUCAUCGGCAUCGUGCGCGGUCUACACGCGGAUCUGGAAAAGUGGAAAGCCGCCAGUGCGUUUGACCUCGCACCGAAGCAGGAGAGGGGCGGCGAAGACUUUCUGGUGGGCUUUGCUUCGGCAGGGCUGCAAUUCGUGUACUACAAUUCUAUCAUCAUGGUCCAUCGCGUCCCGCUCGUGAUUCACUUCAUUUAUGCCCAUCGCCUUGCCACCGGAGGGCAGGUGCCUAUCGACCUGAAGGUGAUCUUGGACGAGUCGUUAACGUCCACCGCAGUCUGCGUCCAAGCUGCGCGGGAUACCUUGAAAUUGGUGAACAACCUCCCGUGGGGCGACAUCGCCUGGAUAUGGUCCCUACUUUACUACAUCUUCCUCGCCGUAAUAAUGAUAUUCGUCAAUAUCCUCCGCGACAGCGGCCACCCCAAAGUCAAAGACGAUAUCCAGUCCCUAAACGUGGCCGCCACGUUCUUCGCAACGCUCAUCCCCGGCGACGGGCCCUGCAACUACGCGCGAUUCAUGACGCGCAUGUGCGCCAACUUCGAGCGCACUGCCCGUACUGUCUUCGAGCGCCACCAGAAGACCGCGACUCGACCUAGCGAAAAACAGCUCCAAUCCCGCGAUCCAACCACCACCACGGAAUCAAACACCGCUACUGCUCCCCUUGCAUCAUCCUCGCUGCGUGACCGACCCUCCGCUGUCCCAAAAUCACCGUCCCCAGAUCACUCCCCCGCAUCGAAUAUCAACGUCCCCAGCAACAUCAACGGCUUUCCGCGCGUCAACUCCAGCGGCUACGUCGUCGUCCCAGGCAGCCCGCCCCAAAAUCCGGUCAAUCUUCACACAGCUCCCCCCAUCCUCCACCAAAACCACCACCAAAACCAGAACCAUCACCACCAGCACAACCACCAACCACAACCACAACCACAGCAGCAACAGCAACAGCAGCAGCAGCAGCAACAACAACAACACCAACACCAACCCCCACUCCACCAAACCUACCCCCCACCCAACACCCUCCCCACAACCCAAACAGACCCGUACUCCCUCCAAAACUUCUUCCCCUUCGACCCCGCCAGUGGAAUCUUCGCCCAGCCCGACCUCUGGCAAGUCCCCCUAACCGCAGACUGGGAAUUCGGCGGCCAAUUUCUCCCGGGCUUAUUCGGGGGUCCCACCCCCUUCUACCAGGGCGACAUCCCAGGACAGUCAUCGCAUCCUCCUCACCCCCAUCCUCAAUCUCAUCCUCCUACCCACCAACACCAACAACCAAUGACAUCCACGCCCAUGGACAUGAACUACAGCUACAUGCAGCAUGGUCCAGGCCCGAACCAAAAUCAACACCAAAAUCCCAGUCAAAAUCAAACUACAAAUCAUCAUACCCCACAGCAGGGACACGACCCGACAACGGCGAGUAUGUGGACGAAUACCGGCUACACGGAUCCGUUCCGAGGCGCUACUGCCAUAGAUGGGCAGGCUGAUGGGCGGAUGUAUUACUAGCAUGCGGGCGUGGGCGUGUCUUGCUCGAUAUAGAUAUAUAUAUAUCCAGCACGUAACGAGUUAUGAUGAAAUAGUACCCUUUCUUCUUUCUUUCUUUUUUCUUCUUUUGUUUGUUUGAUUUAUCCUGGCUGGUGCUUGGAUAUCGGCGCUUCAUGUGGCAUAUAUAUCCCUCCCUCGUACACCUACCGAAUUACUUAGUAUACCU